CCGAUUAGCAAAGUUCCCCAAACACACGUAACAUCAGACUUUUGCAUGCCAACCGGACCAUACAGGAGCCGCUACAACGACGGAGACGAUUGCAAAUUGACACAACAAGGAGACGACAACAAAUCGGCAUACCGUGGAGAAAGUCGAGAUCUUUGAACUCGGUCUCGAUCGGCAGAUCGCCAGGAAUUUCGCGUUCCGUUGUCACACACGAAGUUGCGCUGACCACGAGCAAGUAACACACAUCAUCGAGAGAGACCGUUUAACAGCGCGUGCACAACCGUGCACAGAAGAAACGAAAAAGAGAGAGAUUUUCUUUUUCUCAUCGCACAGAAGAUUGCCGCCCUUUUCCUAAUAUUACAGCGCAAUUCGUAGACGGGAGUAAAUAGGAGAGCAAAGCACAAUUCGCAGAGACUCUGGGAACUAGCGGUUAUAGCAGUGCGGUGAACGCCAAUCAAGGAGACGGGUGGAGAUCACCACAAAAGGCCGUUAGAAUCCCGAUAAUUCCCCACGUCCCGAGGGUGCGUAACAUCAUCCGCGCACCGGGCUCGAUCGACAACCAUCAGCACCAGGCUUGCUUGCUCACACAUACGCACGCACGCGGAGCAUCGACUCGCGAUAUAUACUCAGGACACGCGACGGCGCGCAAUACAGUAUAUCGAGCGCGAUCGAUCAAAAGCGCGCAGGGAGAAAGCGUGUGCUUCUGAUCAGCCACAAUCGCUGUCUGCAUCGACGAAGACGACACCAACGACGUGCUAUAAAUCCAGUCACAGCAAAUUUGUUGUCACAACAGAGCCACGUGUGAUUUGGCUGUGAUACACGCAACGCACGCAAGCACGUACAUACGUACAUACAAACGCACGCACGCACGCAUCUGCGUACGCCUACGCACGCAUUCGUCGACCGACCGAUGCGAACUGCGCCGGUCACGAAUUGACGAGAGAAGAGAAGAGUUGUCGCGGCGUUCCAUCUACCCGGUCUGCAACACGUUUCAUCGGCGUCGCUUGCGAGGGGCACCGAAGCAACUCAAUGCGAAAAUAAUUUUGUUCGCUGAGAGAGAGAGAGAGAGAGAGAUUUGCACACAAGACGGCCAAGAUAAGCAACCGAUAGCCUAACCGACGACAACCAAAAAAAGAAGCACGACGACCACCACAUAGCCACGCCGUGUAAGACAGGCCACCGACACACGUACGAGUGUGAAAACGUGUAGCCGCCGCUGCUGCCGCUAUCGUCCCCCUCUGGCCAUCGUCAACACACAUUUCCCUUUCCUACGUGCCGACAGGAUGUCCGGCUCUCAUAGAAGGCAGAUGAUGCAGCCAUGGCCCUUGUGCCUGGCGCCCUUCGCGAAAACGAAGGAACGCAGCGUUCUACCAAAAUAUUAUACGAGGGUAUCCCCGGUCAUAAGACCCUCGUCGUCCAAUUCUGGGUCCACUCUAGAUUGCUCGUCGAACAUCACUCUUGAGACAAACGUUAGUCCCUUUAAUAGUCAGACUGCUCUUAUUGCCGAUAAGAGAUACUUUUCCGGUGAUACAAACAAGUCGUCCAAUCACUAUUAUGCCGAGAAUUUGAGAAACAACCAAAAAGCCCUCAACGGAGCACAGAUUUACAAAUCGCUGGACAAAGAUCAGGACGUCGAUUACAAGCAAUUUGAUCCGCUAUUACCAAGCGAACAAGGUUCGGUUAAGAUCCUCAUGGAAUCCCAGAAUGUGAAGUUGCCCCUGGACGGCCAAGGAUCCAUCCAAGCACCAUGCACCGAGUUCAAGAAAGUCGACAAACCGAGCUCGAUGCGGUUGCUCAAACAAGUAUUGGCCGCGUUAACGGUGUCGCUGUGCUCGCUAGUGAUCGGUUUUGCGUCCUCCUACACAUCACCGGCGCUAGUGUCCAUGCGUGAUAAUUCCACGACGUCUUUCGAAGUCACCAAGCAAAUGGGCAUGUGGAUCGGCUCACUUAUGCCGCUGAGCGCACUUUUCGGUGGCGUUGCUGGUGGGCCAUGCAUCGAAUAUUUCGGGAGAAAAACUACGAUACUUGCCACGUCGAUACCGUUCAUCGCAGGAUGGCUAUUCAUCACACUGGCUCAGAAUGUUCCAAUGAUACUAGUCGGACGCGUGUUGUGUGGAUUCGGUGUAGGAAUUGCUUCCUUAACACUGCCCGUGUACUUAGGUGAAACCAUCCAAACGGAAGUGCGCGGUACUCUUGGUUUAAUGCCCACUGUUUUUGGUAACACUGGUAUAUUGUUAUGCUUCAUGGCCGGCACGUAUUUGAAUUGGAGACAUCUAGCGUUGUUUGGAGCGAGCUUAUCUAUACCGUUUAUGCUGUUAAUGAUUGUAAUUCCGGAGACGCCGAGGUGGUACAUUUCCAAGAACAAAACGAAGCGGGCGCGAAAGGCGCUCCAAUGGCUGCGCAGCAAGGAGACGGACAUUACUGAAGAAUUGAUGGAGAUCGAGAAGACACAUAUUGAAAGCGAACGCACCGCUACUCAGGGCACAAUAAGAGAAUUGUUCAAACCUAACAAUCUCAAGCCCCUUCUCAUUUCUCUGGGUUUAAUGUUGUUCCAGCAGUUAUCCGGUAUCAACGCAGUGAUAUUUUAUACCGUGCAAAUCUUCCAAGAUGCCGGUAGCACCAUCGAUGAGAACAUUUCGACCAUAAUUAUUGGCAUCGUCAACUUCAUAUCCACUUUUAUCGCCGCAUUCGUGAUUGAUAGGUUGGGCAGAAAGAUGCUGCUGUACAUAAGCAGCGUGUCAAUGGCGAUUACGCUCUUCGCUCUCGGCGGUUUCUUCUAUGUCAAAUCGUUGGGCAUUGACGUGACGUUCAUCGGCUGGCUGCCGCUGUUCAGCUUAAUCGUGUACGUGAUCGGCUUCUCGCUAGGCUUCGGGCCAAUUCCCUGGCUAAUGAUGGGUGAGAUUCUGCCCGCCAGGAUUCGCGGUUUGGCUGCGAGCAUCGCGACAGGCUUCAAUUGGACUUCAUGUUUCAUCGUUACGAAGACCUUCCAAGAUAUCAUAUCGCUGAUCGGCGCGCAUGGUGCUUUCUGGAUGUUCGGCCUGAUCGUAGCAAUGGGCUUCUUUUUCGUUAUUGUCAGCGUGCCAGAAACACGGGGUAGGUCGCUCGAAGAGAUCGAGAAGCGAUUCACCGGACCGACUAGAAGAAUGAGCGCAGUCGCCAAUAUGAAGCCGAUGCCGAUGGCGUGCUAGUUGUUCCAAGUCCGAUUGAGGUUUUUAUUAACGAGAGAUAGUUCGCAAGAAGUAGAAUUUCUUACAAUGUUGUUUAAAGGAAUGAUUUCCUUAUAGAUACGCUUUCCUUUAUAAACGAAAGUCAGGUUAAUUUUCGAAAGUCUAUCUCACCUUUUUAGGUAAAAAGAAAGCAUGCUCUUUUCCCUCGAUUCUUCUUAUCUUUAUACCUUUGAUUUGGAUUCAAAUCAAUUUCUUUGCAUUUUGGACGAAGGACUUAAAACUUAUCAAUAACGAACGAAAAACUCUCUUCUUUCACGUAAUAUGUGAAUAUAAACGGAGAAAAAUAUUUUUCAUAAGACUUGUAACUAUUUUAAUUGACAUUUAACAUAAGUUGAAAAGACAACUUGAAUGAAGAAAUUCUAUAUCUAUUUUUAGUUAUUCUUUAAGCUUUAAACACUGACUUUAAAAUCUCGAUUUUAAAGUCAGUGUUUAAAAUCGAGUAAAUUGUUUAAAAGUAUGAUGCGCUAUCUAUGUUCGCUUAUUUUUUUGAUGCUAUUAUUUAUAUCUAACGAACGUGAGGGAUCAGAGCUAGUGAUAGUGCCAAGCUUGUCAAGGUAUACGUAAAUCGCGAGAGUUUACUGCAAUUUUAAACAUAAAUAGAUUCACGGGACAUACGAAGUAUAUUUCACAUUGCCAUCGUGAAAAUGUGUCACGUGAUUAUAUCAACAAUUGACCGAGCAUACAUAGUAUACGUAGUUUUGAAAGUGUUUUUAUUAUUCGACAAAGUUCUCUACAGGGUCUACCUCAAGUUAAAUAAACAAAAUCGCGCAUUUUUGUCCUUCGCUGUGCGAGACAACGCGGUCCGCGCGAGGCUGCAGUGUCGCGUGAUUUUGCGUGCGGAUUAAUCGCCGUAUGUACUUUGAAUCUGGAAAAGCGUAAUAUAUGUACUUAUAUGUAUUAUACGCCGACCAAGAAACCGUUCUUUCGAACAGAGGCGAACUUCCUGCGCGACAAUAAGUUUUAAGCCGAUCGCGUUCCUAUAUAUAUAUAUAUAUAUAUAUAUACACACACACACACGUGAUGCUCUUUUCGAGAUAACGUCACUGUAAAUAGCUUAGUAAAGAUUUAAAUCGCUAGAUAGUGAUGGUGUAAACUUUUGAUGCAAGAUGCGAAGAUCUUUAUAUUGUAUAUAUUGUACAUGUACAUCUUCAAAAUCGUCGUCAACUUUUUAGCGUAGCAGCUCAACGAUUAUCGAUCCUUUUUUCUCUGUUAAGAUACAAAGAUUCAAAAAAGAAGAUAGAGAAAAUAUUGAAUUGGGCGAUUGAGGUUUAAUUAAUUGAUGAAAUUGACUCUCGGUGAGAUAAUGUGACUCUCAGCUCAUGAUUGGGUGUUAUUAUACUUUUCGUAUUAAACGAAUGAUACUUAAAAUCCUAUAAGCUAUAUUAAUAUGAGACGUGAAUAUGGUUCUAUAAUAUGUACAUAUACACGUAGCGGGUGUGAUAAUCUAUAAAUAGCAAACAUAUAUACAUAUAUUUUUUUUAUUCUCCGAAGCAAAGAGAGAGAGUAAGAAAAAUUAUAAGUAGUAGUUGUAGUCGAGAUGAAAGUCUCAAGAGUGUAAGAAGGGAUGAAUAGCAACAAUUCGUCAAAUCGCCUAUGUUCGAAAGUUAAGGUGGAAACUGCAAGCACUUUGCGAGUGUUCUCGGUCACACAUCAAUUUAAACUUUCGGUGAAAUAUAACGUGCGAUAUUAAAAUGUAGAUAAUAAUUAUGUAUAUUAGUCUUUAAUUUAAUUUGUGUGUGGCAUAAACUCUAAUGUGCAAUAUUGAAAUAUUUAUAUAAGAAAUUAUGUGAGUUAUUUUUUAAAGUGUAUGUGACAUUUUUAUCAUAAUUCAUUCGCAACAAGUUGCGUUAAGAAUAAUUGAGAUUCGUAAAUUCGUUAUAAAGUAACUCCAAGAUAAUUUCGUAACUAAAAAACUUUCGAGAACUAAUAAUAAUACAAGAAAAGAGUAACUUAACAAUAUAAUUCAACAAAUGUACAAGAAUUUGAUGGAAAACUGCAUUUGCCAAUGUAUUUUGCUUAAUUUUUUUAUUUCAACUUGACCGAGUAAACUCACAGCGUGUUACCGCAGCGUCAAUGUAAAAUCUUAGCAUAUCACAAUUGACAACUGACGUACACAACGUCAGAAAAUGUAAAACAAAUGCGUGCGUUCAUUUUUAUAAGAUGAUCCGAGUACGCUUAUAGUUGUGCGUUCGAAGACAAAAAAAGUUCCGUUAGCGGUGAAUCUCAUUUGUAUAUAUGGAAGUAUAAAAACGUGUUUUAUCUCUCUUAAUAAGUUUCUUUCGUUCGCACAUUAAAUAAUGUUACGAUAGAUAUUGUUUAUAAUAUUGUUCCUCAUUCAUACAACUGUAAACAAUAUUGUUCACGAAAAAAAGAUCAUUCCUAUUGCGCAGUUUAAUGUACGACUCAAUUCAAUAUUAUAUAAAGCAAUAAGUAUGCAAAUGCCUUGUUUUGUAAUGAGAAUUACGUACAUUAAUGCUACUCCAGACACAUGUAUACAAUGACCAAUCGCGAUGCAUUUCUUUGUUUCUUAUAUUUCCCAUUUAUAUUUGUUGCUAUAUGGAUGAUGCCGCUUGUUUGUAAGGUAUUUGCCAAAGCACAAUAAAGAUGAUGAAAUAUUUUUGAUAAUUUAA